UCCACAUCUCACUCCCCUCAUUCCUUUCUCUCUCUCUCCGUGAUUCAUGGGUUCAACUCCGGCGUCAUGGGAAGCCAGCGAGCGAUUGUUGGGAAAUGACGCCAUGGAGGUACGAAUCGGAGAAGAAGAAGCCAUGAUCCAAGUUGAGAGAUUGGAAUGGCGAUCGGAGACUGGAGAGGCGAUCUUGAAAUGAAUCAGCUUGGAAAUCCCCAAGGCCUCCAUCGUUGGCAUCAUCGGCCCUAGCGGCAGCUAUUAGUCCUCUUUUCUCCCCGCUCUUAACUGCCUCUAGGAACCCUCCACCGGUGCUGUGUUCUCGACGGCGAUGACAUCCGCCGCCUUGAUGUUCUUUCCCUCCGCCGCCACCUUGAUGUUCUUGCUCGACACAUCCAUCAACCUUCGCCUGGCCGACGCACCCCCAAAAACCCCACCAAUGAUCUUUGCCCACACUAGAAUGAUGAUAUCCAUCAAUUCAGUCUUGCUUCAGGUAAUGACAGCUUUCAUGGCACCACCCCCUGCGGCCACUUAUUUGGCAUUUCAUCCUCAAGAUAAUAACAUUAUUGCAAUUGGAACGGAUGACUCUUCUAUUCAAAUUUAUAAUGUCCGAAUUGAUGAGGUUAAAACAAAACUAAAAGGUCACCAGAAGAAGAUCACAGGACUUGUAUUUUCCCAGAUGAUGAAUGUGCUAGUCUCUUCAAGGGCAGAUGCACAAUAGAAUUCAUGGUUAAAGAUCGAAAGAGUCGAAGAUUAAGAGGAUGCAUGAAGCUUUUUACUUUGUUUAGUUAAGCAAAAAAAUAUUUUGUAAUAAAACUAGACAAAUAGUGUAAAACUCUUUGCAUUUUGUUAUUA